UUUUCCUUCUUUAUUAUGCAUUUUCGGCCGGUGCGACUUAUACUCCGAAAAAUACGGUACUUCGUUUUCAUUUAGUGUACUCGGGAACAGGCACAGUGCGCUCAACCGGUAAGUUCGCUGAUAUUAGCUUUCUGCUCUUUCAUUAGAAAAUGUGCAAAUGUACUGAUUUUUACGGAAGAAAAAUGUUAAACGAUUGUAAUCGCACAGAAAAUAUUAAUAUAUUUAGUUUUAAUAUAGCAAAGAUGGAUAUAAAAACAAUAUUACAAGAGUUUGGAUGAAGUCUGUACGCACACACCAUUCAAAUAUAAUAAACAUAGUUGUAAGUAGUCAAAGUACUUGUGUGUAGUAAUACUGUGGUAGUUGAAAUAGUCGUAAUAUAAGUAGUAAACUAGUAGUUGUAGGUACAGUAGUACUAUUAGUGGGUCGUGUCUCUUUAAGAGCAGAUGACGUAGUGCUUGGGAAUGAAAUCACGUGACCCAAACAGCUGAACACAGAAGAAAACAAGCGAGGAAGGACUAGAUUAAUACGGUACUAUAUAGGUGUACACGGUACUAUGUAGGUGUAUACGGUACUAUGUAGGUGUAUACGGUACUAUAUAGGUGUAUACGGUGGUAUAAAAAUAUUACGUGUAUUGUGGCUAAAUUUGACCGGAAGUACAAAUAUGGGCACUUCACUACACCAACGUUGAACAUCGAAACAUUAUUUCAAGAGGCGCCGGUUUCCAUUCUGGUGUAGCAAGAAGGAGGAGGUUCCUGUGGCAUGACGACGACAUACAAAGGAAAUAAAGCCUUAAAGGUCAAACGAGAGCCAGGUGAGAAUGGCACCAGCUUGACAGACGACGAACUGGUGACCAUGUCGGUGCGUGAGCUCAACCAGCACUUCCGAGGACUCUCCAAGGAAGAGAUCCUACAACUGAAGCAGCGUCGACGCACCCUGAAGAAUCGGGGCUAUGCCGCCAGCUGCCGGGUAAAGCGAGUCUCUCAAAAGGAAGAGCUGGAAAAUCAGAAGGCGCUGCUGCAAGAAGAAGUGGACAAACUGGCUAAUGAGAAUGCUUCCAUGCGUCAGGAGGUGGACACUCUUAGGUCUAAGUAUGAGGCCUUACAGACCUUUGCCAGGACCGUGGCCAGGAACCCCAGUGUGGGGGUCGGAUUCAGGGCCGGCGUGGGAGGGGUAGCGUCGUCCAUCAUUGGUCAACUCAAACCAGGAAAGGUGGCAACGACGACAAGCGUGAUUACAAUAGUCAAGUCAAAAGCAGAUGCACGGUCUUGAGGGGAAUAGGUUGACUUGAGGGUUUUGAGGGAUGUGUUUUCCACCUUUCCUCCUUCAGCAUUCACCCAUGGACACCUACCUGAAAUCUGUGCAGGUGAGGAACCAUACCUACCUAAUCUCAGCACAAGUGAAAGACCAUACCUACCUGAAUUCAGUGUACAUGAAGAACCAUUAACACCUGUAGUCAGUGUACUUGAAGUGUACCUACCUGAAGUCAGCGCAGGUGAAGGACCAUGCCUACCUGAAGUUAGCGCAGGUGAAGGGCCAUACCUACCUGAAGUUAGCGCAGGUGAAGGGCCAUACCUACCUGAAUUCAGUGUACAUGAAGAACCAUUAACACCUGUAGUCAGUGUACUUGAAGUGUACCUACCUGAAGUCAGCGCAGGUGAAGGACCAUGCCUACCUGAAGUUAGCGCAGGUGAAGGGCCAUACCUACCUGAAGUUAGCGCAGGUGAAGGGCCAUACCUACCUGAAUUCAGUGUACAUGAAGGACCAUGCCUACCUGAAGUCAGUGUACAUGAAGGACCGUACCUCCCUGAAGUUAGCGCAGGUGAGACACCAUGCUGAAGUGAGGAAUGAUCCGAUGACCAUUUGGAUUAAUCAUAAUUCAUCACAGGUUAUUACUUGCAUAAUUUGAAUCAACUUAAAAGAGCCCAAUAUUUUUUCACAAAUGCAAUUCUUAUUGUCAAAAUGUCAUACAGGAAUAAUUCCCAAAUGUUUUACUUAAAUGCACGUCAUUUAUUUGUUGAUCAAUUGGUCACAAUUUUAUCUACAGUACAGUGAGGGUUUAUUUUGAAGGGAAAUUUGCUAUAGAGCACACUAUCACUGACACAUGCAUUGACCUGAUGACUGACCGUACAACAACAACAACUUGCUUUCAGGUUAAAGUAGAGGAUACUUCAUUAAAUUGCGUCUAUACAUUAUUAUGGCAAUCAUUUUUGGUGAUUAAUAACAUGAGUUCACUGAUAUAUA